AAAUUCAUUAAAUUUUUCUUCUUUAAAUUUUGUUUUAAAUGCUUAAUAUAUUUAUAAAAGUAUAUUUAUUUUUCUUUUUAACGAAAGUUUAUGCAAUUAAGGCCUAAUAUGCAUAAGUAUUUUUACAGUGGUUUUAAACUAAUUAAAUAUUCUGACAUCAUUGGGGCAUAUGUUGAAAAAAACAGCAUGUGAGGAGAUAGUGUCAAAAGGUUUAAGAAAGUGAAAGUUUAAACGAAAUUAAAAACAACAUUAAAAAGACAGCAAUUUUCUAAUUAAAAUGGGCUGGUGUGUUGUUGUUGGUUGUAGUAAUAAUACUUUUACAAAAAAUAGAGAAAAAAAUAUCAGUUUUUUUCGUUUUCCGUCAAAUAUUACCUUGAAAAAGAAAUGGUUAGCUAACAUUAAAAGAGAAAACCCACCUAAAAAGGCGAAGAUUUGUCAUCAGCAUUUUGAGAAUUCAUGUUUUACAAGAGAUUUACAGAACGAACUUCUUAACAAACCACUCAGACGUUUGCUCAAAGAUGACGCUAUUCCAACUUUAUUUCCUCACAACUCAGGAAAACAACCACAAAAGCGAAGAUCCAGCGUUCUAAGAGAGGAGACUGCAGUCAAACGAAAACUAUGUGAAGAUGCAAAUCAUUCACAAUGAAGAAGUAGAACACUUGGAACUUGAGAUGAAUUCUAAAGGUACACAAGCUGACUUUACACCUGGAUCAAAUUGUGUAUCUACUCAAACGGAAAAACAAAGUAACGCAAAUAAAGUGAAUGUUGCAGUUCAAUGUGAUUAUAAGCCCAUUCAAGUUGCAGCUAAUAAUGACCUUGGUGAAAUCACUUGUAGCAGUGAUUCAGAAAGUAGUUACACCGAAACUGAUUGUGAGUAUCUAAAUGAAAGUGAAUAUAGCAGUGAUCAUGAAUAUAAUAUCAACACGCAAGUUCCCCAAAAAGCAGCUUUCAUAGUAUAUUGGUCAUCAUUAUUGGUAUUCUUUCAAAGAUGUUUAACUUGUUCAAUGCCUGCUUUCGUGAAAUGCUUCAGUACAAAGGGUUCUCAGCUAAUGGUAAAAUUGCUCUGUGUGAAUAAUCACAAUAAUACCUGGAGGUCUCAACCAAUUAUCAAUCGGUAUUUACAGGCAAACUUAACGCAAGCAGCAGCGGUACUUUUUAGUGCAAAUACGUUCAAACGAAUAGCUAAAUAUUUCAACCUUGCAAGCAUUCAAUGGAUAACUAAAACUAGUUAUUACACAAUUCAAAGAAAAUUCUUAGCAGGAGUAGUGCAUGAAAAUUAUUUUAGAAUGAACACAAAAUUAAUAAAUGAAAUAAAAUUAAUGGGUCCAUGUCAUCUCAGUGGCGAUGGAAGAUGUGACAGCCCUGGCCACAAUGCAAAAUAUCUUACUUAUUCACUAAUGAACCAGAAGACCAAUGAAAUUAUUGCAUUAUCAAUCACUCAGGUGUCUGAAGCAGGGAAUUCUUACAGAAUGAAAAAACUAGGGUGUACGAAAGCUCUUACCUACUUGAAGAGUCAAAACACUGUAAUAGAACAGAUAACAACAGAUAGGCAUAAACAAAUACGAAAGUAUAUAAGAGAAGAACAACCUGAUAUUAUCCAUCAAUUUGACAUUUGGCACUUUUGCAAAAACAUUAAAGCAAAACUUGUAGCUGCCAGCAAAAAAUCUUCCUGCAACAUUAUCCAGAAAUGGAUAAAAUCUAUUUGUAAUCAUCUAUGGUGGGCGUGUGCUACUUGUAAUGAAGACGAGGAGCUUUUGCGUGAAAAAUGGAUAAGUGUUUUAUUUCAUAUCCAAAACAAGCACAAAUGGACAGGCAGUAAUAAGUUCACGAAAUGUGAGCACCCUCCUUUGCCAAGAAAAAAAGCAAAAGCUAAAGAAUGGAUUAAAGCAAAUUCCGACGCAUUUCUUGCUUUGCAGUCAAUAGUUUUAAAUAAAACGCUAUUAGCGGACUUAAAACAUCUUACAAGAUUUUCUCACACAGGUACAUUGGAAGUGUACCAUUCAUUGUACAAUAAAUGGGCACCAAAAAGUCAACAUUUUUCACAUCUUGGAAUGAUCACUAGAAGCCAGUUGGCAGUUUUAGAUUUUAACAAAGGUAGCAACUUGGAACAAGCAACUACAAGUGGAGGAGAAAAAAGAUAUAAUGUUAAUUUUUCCAAAAUCACUGGAACAUGGUCAUCAAAACCAAUUAAAGCUGAUAAAAACAAUUCAUAUUUGCACAAAAUGGUUGAACAGACCCUUGAAUGCGCUUCAAACGGAUUGACACUAGAGCUUCCAAAAGUGCCACAAAACCUGCCAAAGAACAUUGCUAAAACUCCCAAGCCGAACAAAAAGGAGCUGAUCACAAACCAGGUCUCUAGAUUUCAGAAAUAAAACUAUUUUUUUCUAGACAUUUAUAUUUAAUUCACCAUAUUAAAUAUAAAGAUGACACAAGUCUUA